AUGGCCGACACGAUCGUCGAACCGUUCGACCUGAUCCGCGUCUCCUUGUCCGAGCGAGUCUUUGUCAAGCUGAGGGGCGAUCGCGAGCUGAGGGGCGUCUUGCAUGUCAGUCACGUCGACGUUCGAGGCAGCGGCAGCGGCAUCAGCUUCGCCAACGAGGCAGCGGAGGAACGAGGGAUCAUAAGACCAAUGAUGUUCAUGACCUUGGCUCACACUCUUACAGGCUUACGACGGUCAUAUGAACAUGGUCCUUUCGGAUGUCGAGGAAACCAUCUACGUCGUUGACCACGACCCACAGUCGGAUCAAAGUCUCGUCAGAGUGAGUCACUCUCUCCUUCAACACCGCAUCGGAUUUACACACACACCGGCCCUGACGUCCAAACUCUUGACGCGGGUGUACUGCAGACCGUCAAACGCAAUUGUGACAUGCUGUUCGUGCGAGGGGAUGGCGUCGUCUUGGUGCGCUCCCUCUUUUGUCUUUCUUCGCUUUGGUGACCGGGCUGGGCCUGAUAUUGACACUGACCGCGUUCCACGACCCUUGCCCGCAACAGGUCGCACCACCUGCACGGUAG